GAAAUAAUGUACCCUCUAAGUAUUACGUACCUACGUAUGCAUUUUUAUAUUUGUAUGCCCCCGUUUCGUUUUGCUUCCUUUUUUUCCCCUCAUUGCGGCCUCCAUGUUGCUUUAUCCCCCCAACUCUACCUCAAACGAGGAGAGCGCUUUGGGAAUACGGCGCGCAAGCGAGAGGGAGUUCGCCGGCCAUAUCUUCACAAGAAAAUAUUCAGCCCCAUUGUAACGACCACGCGAUACGCGCGCAUAUAAGAGGAUUGUUCGCUUUUCCCAUUUUGUGCGUUACGUUUUUUUGGCAUCUCCACCACGGGGAGUUGCCUCUUUUGCGUUUGAGCGGCCGCUCCGUUAUUCUGUUCGCUUGCAAGCGGCAUUCAUCGUCCCACGUUUUUUUUUUUUUUUUUUAACCUCAUGAGGAAAAACUUUUCGCAAUUUUUUUUUCCAAACCACAUGAGCUUUGAAAAUCAGAGAAGGCUUAAACAACCGUUUGGCUUUUCAUUUCAUUUUAAAUUCGCUCUUUUAACAUAACGCAAAAAAAAAAAAAAAAAACAUUGCAAAGUAAAGGAAGAGGGGUAGAGGCCGUUCGUUCAUUUUUGCGCUUUCCGUUUUGCUUCCCCUUUUGCGAACUUUUUCUCACCCUUUUGGCAUAGUACGCCCCAUCGAAUUGUACCAAAAUAGAUACCACCAAGUAGUUCCCCCCUGACCUGCUAUUCAAAAUGGGAAAAUUACUGAAGCCAGGAAAAGUUGUUAUCAUGCUGAAUGGACGUAGAGCGGGAAAGAAGGCUAUAAUUAUAAACACGUAUGAAAGCCAAACGAGGGAGAGACCCUACAGCUAUUGCCUCGUCGCGGGAAUAGAAAAGCACCCACUGAAGGUCACCAAAAAAAUGUCUAAGAGGAAAAUCAUGAAGAGAUCUAAAGUUAAGGCGUUUGUAAAGUACAUUAACGUGAAUCACAUUCUCCCAACGAGAUACCAAGUGGCCAACGACUUUGACAUCAAAAGCUUAGCCUCGGACGACGUCUUAAGAUCCAAGAAUAAAAAGAAGGAAGUGAAAAAGUUGGGAAAAAUGUUCAGAGAUAAAUUCCUAGACCCAAUUAACAAAAAAACGGGAGAAGUUUCCAAGGACAUUUCAUUUUUGCACAAGAAACUAUACUUCUGAGUUUACUUCACCUUUGUGCAAUUUGCUUGAUUUUUUUUUUUUUUUUUUUUUUUCGCAUUUUGCACGUCGCGCAUAUUGUGCCAUUAUUUUAAUUCCAUGUGAUAAAGAACAACAAAGGCGUUGCAUGCGUAGUUAA